GCCUUCCCUUGGAAAAUUGAACCACAGUGUUCGCAAGAAGUUGGAGCAGGGCAGCUCCAAGGCGCUACACGUUGAGCUGAGGCCAUGGCGGCUCUUGGGAAACCCCUCCUGCUGGUGGUUCUCCUGGCAGUUGCUGCUGUGCAUCAAGUUGGAGCCUUCUCUGAGGAAACGCCGACUGAUCAGCGGAUACUUGUCCUUCUCGAUGACUUUGGGAUCAAAGCAACGCACUCAAUGUAUUUUAAGAGCUUGACAGAUCGCGGGUAUGACUUGCACUUCAAGCUGGCCGAUGACGCCAGCCUGGCCCUCCAGAAGUACGGCGCGUACCUGUAUGACGCCCUCAUCUUCUUCGCGCCUACUUUCGAUGUCCUGGGGGGAUCAUUGGACGUGGCGGUGAUCCUGGAUUUCAUCGACAGCGGUCACGAUGUCGUGCUGGCAGCAGAGGGCGGUGCCUCUGACGUUGUCAGAGACAUUGCCACCGAGUGUGGAGUAGACCUUGAAGAGGAGGAGAACGCCGUGGUGGUGGAUCACGUCAAUCACUCCAGCCUCGAUGCAGACCACACCAUCGUUGCAGCCAGUGACCUCAUCCAAUCGAAGGCCAUUCUGGGGCCGAAAACGAUUGAGGCGCCUGUCCUUUUCCGGGGGCUGGGCAUGAGUGUAAACCCGUCCAACGAGCUUGUGGUCAAGGUGCUCACGGCUCCCCCCACCACUUUCUCGAGCUCCCCCUCCGCCAAGGUAGCCAAGGUCCCCACAGCCCAUGGCAGGAACCUCGUCCUUGUGGCAGCUUUGCAAGCCCGGAACCACGCCCGUGUCCUCGUCUCUGGAUCUCUGGACCUUUUCAGUGACAAGUUCUUCCUGGCGUCCGUUGAGAAGAAGACCCCGGGCGCGGCACCCACCAAUUUCGAGAAGUCGGGCAACGAGCAGUUUGCGGUUGAGGCGACGAAGUGGACGCUGCACGAGCGGGGCCACCUCAGGGCAACCAACGUGCGGCACCACAAGGUCGACGAGGUCGCCGAGGGCGCCGUGUACCGCAUCAGGGACGAAGUGGAGUACUCGCUGGACAUCCAGGAGUGGGACGGCGCCAAGUGGGUCCCGUAUCACGCGGACGACGUCCAGCUGCAGUUCUUCCUCAUGAGCCCCUACGUCAGGAAGGCGCUAACCUCGAACAAGAAGGGCCACUUCUCGACGACCUUCCAGAUUCCAGACGUAUAUGGCGUCUUCCAGUUCAAGGUCGACUACCACCGGUUGGGCUACACCGACCUCAACCUCGCUAAGCAGAUUCCAGUACGACCAUUCAAACACAACGAGUAUGAGAGGUUUAUUGGGGCCGCCUACCCCUACUAUUCCAGUGCCUUCUCACUGUUGUUCGCGUUUGUCAUUUUUGGGGUCGUCUUCUUAUACAACAAAUGAUAGUCUGCUUAACGUUUCUGCAAGAAGACUACGAACGGACUUUUGUUAGUCGAAAGUGAAUGAGAACCUCUGCUUUAGCAGAGUCUGCGUCCCAACUCGGUUGACCGUUCGGAUGCGAUGGUG